AUGGUUGCUACACCGGCAUCUGCAGGGGCGCGUUUCCGACAGCGAAAAAUCUCCACAAAGCAAACGCUCCAGAUCCUUAAACAAUCCCAUGUGCCCGACCUAGAUCUUGAAGAUGUUCAGCGAGAUACCCAGCAGGUAGAAACCGGUGUUGAGAAGGGUGAAGAAGAAGAACACCAUUUGCAGGCCGUUAUCAACGCGACUCAAGCCAAGUUCCAGGGCGAAAACGUCGAGCAAGUGUUCAUUCCAACCCCCGAUGCCAGUCGACUUUGGCCCGAUGCAACCAAGUACUACCCUCCUGGCUUUGUCAACCCUUCCUCCAACAUUAAGUUCAGUUGUACCGUGGAGGAGACUAGUGGCUGCCCGUACAAUAUGGAUGAAAACGACGAAGAGUUCCUUGCCGAAAUGAAUGGUGCGCUUCAAAAGAAGAACCCCAGGGUAACCCUCUGCACUGAAUUAGAGUUUGAGAUCAUCUGUCACCGUUUCGACACCGUUAUCGCUGAAAAACAGCCGUUCUUGACGAUGGCCCCCGACCAAAUCAUGACCUACGAAGAGAUCAAGCCCGUGGCCUUGACCCCUGACCAAAACUCCCCUUCUGAUCUCGCCCGCAGCUUGCAACAAGAGCUCAAUCUCUCGACCCCCUUUACCACGCAGCUAGAUAACCCCGAAAAGGUUCCGCCCAGAAGCCUCCCAGCGUUAUUUGAGGUGUUUGGAGUCAGAGUCUACGAGCACUGGAAGGAAAGGCGAGUUUCGAGAGCUGGUAAACCGGUUUUCCCAAUUUUGAAAUUCGAGGAUCCUCUGGACAAGGAUGACAGUGACCCAUACGUGUGUUUCCGGCGCCGAGAAGUGAGACAGGCCCGAAAGACCAGACGGCAGGACCAACAAUCGAGCGAGAGGUUACGCAAGUUGCAGAGCGAGUUGAAGAACGCCCGAGAAAUGGUGUUACUCGUGGUCAAGCGAGAGUUGAAACGGAUGGAGUCGUUGGAGGAAGAAAGGAAUAUUUUCCAGUUGCGCUGUGCCAUUAAACCCAUUAAGCGUGAAUUGGGUAUCAAGGGCGAUGAUGACGAUUUGAUUGCCCACAAGAAGAAAAAGCCCAAUCCGCUGGAAGAGGACACCAAGAAGGACAAGAAGAAGCAGUCCAUGUCGACACCUCCUAUCACCUCCGAGAAGAAGAAGCUCGCCUUGCAAGCACAGCAAGCUGCGACGUUGGCGGCUCAACAGUUGCUUCAGCAACAAGAGGAUGCCGCUACGGCCCAUCCGGUGGGUGUGCAGCCAUACGUUCGCUUGCCUGCGUCCAAAAUUCCCGACUUGGACCUCUCUCUCACUGUGAGCACGGUUCUCCGCGAGAAGAACGAAGCCAUCAAACGUGCGGUUCACGAAAAGUUACUCAAGCGGAAGGAAGCAGACAGGGGUUUUGUCAACUUUACAGACGACCCGUAUGUUCCCUGGUUCAAUCUUCGGGAGACCGAGCCAAUUGUCGAGUACUCGCACGUUCCGUUUUCGGCGAUUGUCAACGGCUUAUACGAAAUCAGCUCUUCCGACUACCUUGAUGACUCGUUGAAGCAACAAUUGCGCAACGGGGAGCCGUUACCCGGAUUCAAGGCCUUCGACUGGGACGGCGAAGAAGCUGAGGACCACGAGUUUACUGGUGUCAACGCGUUGAAGGGCUAUGAGGCUCACCAGCCGCGGGUUAGUGAUUCCUUGUAUGUACUCAGAAAGAGAGUUGGCAGGGGAGGAAGAGUGUUUGUUGAUCGAAGAGGGUUGUUUGAGAGACCGGACGAUGCCAUUAAUGAGUUCUUGACCCUUGAAAGCGAUAACGAUGACGAUGUUGAGAUGGAAUCGGAGGCGCUGGUGGUUAAUGUCUAUGACUGCAAGGCCGAUGCGGUGAAAAGAGCCGACGAGAGGUGGAGAUACGAUUCGGAUAGGUCUGCUGUGCAGACUGGAAGAUUGCAACCGUUCUCGUCUGACCCUUCUAAGUUGAAUGGCAUUUCCAACGAUACCCAAUCGAUCAGGUUUGGGUCAAUGUUGCUUGCCAAGUCCUACGAGCAACUUCGUGAGGCCACGCACCAGAAACAACAACAGAUGUUGCUUGCUCGCCAGAAGGCGUUACAAUACGCUGCUCAACAGCAAGCCCAGGCCCAGUCAAAUGCCCUCAUAAACGGAAAUACGCCAAAUCCAGGCUCUACGCCAACUGCCAACCUCGGUCCCAACGCGGCCGCAAAUGCUAAUCCCUCUAAUACAAACGGUAAGGCCAACGCCGCGAACCCUAAUGCUGCUUCCCAUCCUCAACCCCAAUCGGUUAACUCCAAUCUCACACCACAGCAGAUCAUCCAGAAGCAACAGAAGAUGCAGCCACUGAAACAGACGCAAGCUCGGAAGCCCAACUCGCCACUCGAGUCCUCGCAGGCCCAACAGCCGAAAGGGUCGUUUUCCCCGAAUAAGCUCACCCCCGAGCAACAGCAAAGAUUGAGUAUGCUCAAAACCAUGCAACAGCAGCAACAAAUUAGAGCUGGUGGCUCCCUCGCCAGCACUCCCAAGUCUCAGACCCCAACCCCUGUUGGCGUCAAGAACCAAGAGUGGCACGCUGCCAAGCCACAGCCCUCUCCAACACCAAUGCCGUGA